UACAGUUUAGCUUCCUCUCUGCAGUUGUUUUUUUUUAAUUCUCCGUAUUAAACUCCUUUUCUGACAAAUGGAUUGGUGCUUUUCCUCCCUCCUGUGGAGUUUUAUUCUUCUGUGUUUGCUUGUCCACGUCGUGUGUUUUAUUUUUGGAGACGCAGACGUAAUUCUCCAGCUAGCUAGCUUAAUAGGACACAAACCAGAAUCCAAGCUGAGAGGCCUGGUGGUCUGGGUCACCGGAGCCUCCAGUGGGAUUGGAGAAGAACUGGCCUAUCAGCUGGCGAAGUGCGGGUCUCGACUCGUCCUGUCCGCUCGCCGUGAAGACCAACUGAACCGAGUUAAACUAAAAUGUCUGGAGCUCUCCAGCCUCAAAGACGAGGACAUUCUUGUUCUUCCUCUUGAUUUGUUGGAAAGGAAGUCGCAUGAGGAAAAAACAAAAACAGUGAUUGAAAACUUUGGACACAUCGACGUGCUGAUCAACAACGGGGGCCGGAGCCAACGCUCCCUGUUCCUGGAGACCCACGUCGAGGUUUACGAGGCCUUGAUGGAGCUGAACUUCAUCGGCACGGUGUCUCUGACCAAGCAGGUGCUGCCUCACAUGACGCAGAGAGGCAGAGGGAGCGUGGUGACCGUCAGCAGCGUGGCCGGCCUGGCUGGGGUGCCCCUAUCCACGGGAUACUCUGCCAGCAAGCACGCGCUGCAGGGUUUCUUUAAUUCUCUUCGAACUGAGCUGACAGACUUCCCAAAUAUCCUCAUCAGCAUGGUGUGUCCAGGUCCGGUUCAGUCAGACAUCGUCAACAACGCCUUCACUGAAGACCUAAACAAGCCUGUGGCCAUAGCUGGCAGCCAGGAGCACAAGAUGUCGACCAGUCGCUGUGUGCGUUUGAUGCUGGUGGGAAUUGCAAACGGUGUGAAGGAAAUGUGGAUUGCCCAGCAGCCCUUCCUGAUGUUUUACUACGCCUGGCAGUACGCACCGACAGUGGCCUGGGCCAUGACCAACCAGCUGGGCAGGAAAAGGGUGCAGAACUUCAAAGCUGGUGUGGACGCGGACUCCGCAUACUUCACUAAACCAAAAACCUCCUGAAAGACGACGCAUCCUGAAGGGGAAGGACUCUGCUGCAUUCCUGGCGCUGGCUGUUUCCUACCAGAAAAGAUUUAAGGGUGAAGGAUAGCUUUUUUGAAAGCUCGGCGCUCCUUCCAUCCCAGAUGUAAUUUCUUUUUUAGAUGAAAAUGUUUAACCUUGCCUGAAGACCGUAUAAGUAAGAAUGAAUAUGCACUUGUGCUGACCUUUCCGAUGCACAAUAAAAUCAGUUUUAGUAACCUGGUAAUGUUUAAAAAAAAACAAAAAAUUUUUGCCAACAUUUUAUUUCAAGUAUGUACAUUUACACAUAUAUAAAAAUUACUAUGUACAGAAAUCUGUGGACACAUUCCUUUGAACGCCUGUAAACAACUGAUUGUAAACAAAAACAAUAGCACUGACAUAAAGAGAGCAAGAUAUUCCCAAGGCACAUCCUUGAUAUCCUGAACAGAACAUUCAAAUUAUCGUCCCUUUUCUUGGUGACAUGGAGAUGAAAUCAGAAAAAUGUGGAAAAAGUUCAAUAAAACCAGAUGUUUUCCUAAAAAAGAAAUGGUUUCUCUGUUCAAUUCCAACAAAUUGAAAUGUGCUCGACUCAGAUUUUGGCAUUAAAUGCUUCUGUAACGCAGCAUUAUGUAAUAAUACAUGCAAAAUGUAAUAAAAUCCACAUUUUGUAAUGUUA